AUGCGCAGUGGUUCGAAACUCAUAGUAGACCUAAAGGUACGGGCGAAAAGUGGCUGUCAUUAUCUUGAGGUGUGCUGCCAUCCCGACGAUAUGCUUACUCCAAUGAACGGUUCGAUUCCUUUAGGGUACAAGCAAUGCGGCAUUGGCAAUGUUGGUGGCAUUUUUAUGGAUUUAAUAGGUGGUCGUCUGGAGACGAGCCUCGCCGAAUACCCUUACAUGGUAGCGAUUCUCGAUACCGGUCACAGAUUUCUAUGCAAUGGUGUUUUGAUUGGCUACAAAGUGGUUCUCACAACAGCCACUUGUUUAUCACCGGAACAACCACUUGUCAUAAGGGCUGGUGAUUGGGAUCUGUCAACUGAUAGCGAGUUCGUGCCUCACGUGGACCGUGGUGUACAGUAUCGAAUUGUUCAUCAGCAAUUUAGUUGGGAUUCAAUAAAAAACAACAUUGCCUUAUUGAUCCUUGUCGAGCAGUUUCCUCGGGUCCAGCAUAUAAUACCCAUAUGUCUGGACCACAACGGAGUGGAUCUGGAUUACGACAACUGCUUUGUCACCGGUUGGAAUUAUAGAGUGACUAAAAGAUUAUACCCGUCUCGAAAUAUUGUCCUAAGGUUGGAUAUGGAUAUCGAGGAAACCAUCUUCCCAAACACCUCAAGCUGUUCAGUGUUAACUGCUAUUCCCCGACCGGAGCAGCCCAUGUAUACCAAAGGUGCUCCUCUAGUUUGUCCCACCGAGAGCAGCAGGUACUAUGUGGUUGGCGCCUGGAGCACCAGCCUUAAUGGAGCAAUUCAGUUCACCGAUAUAAGAAAGCUCAAGGAAUGGAUUCAUCGGGAGUUGCAUCUGUACAAUAUUGUACUUUAA